CCUGACAUGGGAAAACACUCGCUCUCGCGCCGUUCCUGAGGUUAGCCUGUUAGCUAACCGCCUGACGGCUUUAACAUAUUUAACAACCUUCACGAUGGAGCAUUCGUUCGGGAUUUCAGAUAGCCAAUGUUUGGCCACUGUUAGAGGACACGAGCUCACAAGCGGACAGAAAGAACCAAGACUCCUGUCCCUGUUACAGUGUUCUGGACAGUUCAAGUUGGAUAUUUUGGAAAACCCUGAAGCAAUUGUAUUAAGCCAAGUGCCCCAGCGAUCCAUCCCCAUCAAUAACCAUUUUCAGAUAGUUCGAGAGGCUGAAGAAGCACUUCUCAUUGACAUCUCGAUAGACACAACGGUACGGAUUCGUCUUCGAGGCGAGCAAAUGCCAGAGGUUCUGCUGGAGCUGCAGGAUGACGUGCACACUCAGUCUUUCUUACAACAUGUGACGAAGGCCAAACAGCAAGCUGAGAGGAGUUCACUGCCUAGGAAGAUGGAGCCUGUUGUACCCAUUCCAGUCAAAGACUGCACACCUGUUCCACCUCAAAGAGGAACCUCCAAAUCCACCUCAAACAACAUCAACAACAGUACUUUAGCAAAGCCCUCAAACACAGACUCCGCCCUCUCCCUUGCAACAGAUUUUGGUUUUGAAGAAAAUUUUAACCAUUGUAUGAAAGUGGAAGAGAAGAAGAACCAACAAAACCGUAUAGUUGCACAACGAGAGCCGCCCCCUCCACCACUGCCCCCUCUUCCCCCUCGAAAAGGCACAAACAAGCCAUCGACUAACCUCACGGCAGGCCUGACAGCUAAAGAAAGGCCACCCUCCGCACUGAAUGCCACACCUGUCAGAAAUGACAGAUUUCAGUCUGUAGACCGUGCAGUUUCCUGGUCUGACAGCCCAUCCAACUACACUAUGAGACAGACCUUGAUGGGCAGCCAGUCAGGGUCAAGGGAAGGCCUGCUUAAGUAUCGCCUCAGCAAGAAAGAGAAAGAAUAUGUAGACAUUAAGAACUUUCGGUUCUUCUUGGGCACUUGGAACGUGAACGGUCAGUCCCCAGACAGCAGUCUUGAGCCCUGGCUGCGCUGUGACCCAGAACCUCCAGACGUCUACGUACUGGGAUUUCAGGAGCUGGACCUGAGCACAGAGGCAUUUUUCUAUAUGGACUCAUCCAAAGAACAGUUGUGGGUUGAUGCUGUAGAGAGAAGCCUCCACCAUAAAGCCAGAUACAUGCAGAUCCGUAUCAUUCGCCUAGUGGGAAUGAUGAUGGUGGUGUAUGUCAACAAGGUGCACAAAGAUUGCAUCAAAGAGGUGGCUUCUGAGUCUGUGGGAACUGGCCUCAUGAAUAAAAUGGGGAAUAAAGGAGGAGUGGCUGUGCGUUUUGUGUUUCACAAUACCAGCUUCUGCUUCGUGAACUCUCAUUUGGCGGCUCAUGUGGAUGACUUUGAGAGGCGGAACCAGGACUACAAAGACAUCUGUGCCCGCAUGAGUUUCCACCUGCUGGAAUACCCCCCUCUCAGUAUAGUGAAACAUGAUGUGGUGAUGUGGCUUGGAGAUCUUAACUACAGACUAUGUUUGAAUGAUACCGUGGAAGUAAAGAGACUUAUUGCUGAGAAUGAGUUACGGAGGCUUCAGGAGUAUGAUCAGCUGAAUAUCCAGAGAAAGACUAAACGUGCCUUCGCAGAUUUCAUGGAAGGGGAUAUUAAUUUCAUCCCAACUUACAAAUAUGAUGCUAAAUCCGAUGGAUGGGACUCAAGUGGGAAGUGUCGAGUCCCUGCCUGGUGUGACCGUAUCCUCUGGAGGGGGAGCAACGUAAAGCAACUUCACUACCGCAGUCACAUGGAACUAAAGACCAGUGACCACAAACCCGUCAGCUCUGUCUUUAGUGUCGGGGUGAAAAUGGUGAUAGAGCAGCGCUACAAGAAGGUGUUCGAAGAGAUUGUGCGGGACAUGGACAGAAUGGAAAAUGACUUUCUGCCCUCUUUGUCCCUAACCCGACGGGAGUUCACCUUUGAAAAUGUGAAGUUCCGUCAGCUGCAGCGUCAGAGUUUUCUUAUCACUAAUGAUGGACAGGUUGCUUGCACCUUUGCCUUCAUUCCCAAACUUAAUGACUCUCAAUACUGUAAGCCCUGGCUACGUGCUGAGCCCAAUGAAGGGGUACUUGACCCUAAUGAGGCAAUAGAGAUCUCCCUGGAGGUGUAUGUCAGUAAAGAUUCUGUAACACUGCUAAACUCUGGUGAGGAUAAAAUCGAGGACAUUCUGGUGCUUCAUUUGGAUCGGGGAAAAGACUACUUCAUCACUGUCUCUGGAAACUAUCUGCCCAGCUGUUUUGGCACAUCUCUAGAGACUCUGUGCCGUAUGAAGAAGCCCAUUCGGGAGAUCCCCAUCACCAAACUCAUCGAUCUGGGAGAGGAUAGCUGCCUGGAAAAGGAGAAGUCCCGGAUGUAUUCCUUGUUUGACAGUUCUGGAACAGACGAUAAACCUCUGAAGAUUCCCAAAGAGGUCUGGUUGCUUGUUAAUCACCUCUACACCAAGGCCUGCCAGCAGGAGGACCUUUUUCAGACCCCUGGCCUGCAAGACGAGCUACAGAGUAUUAUUGACUGCUUGGACACCAGCAUUCCUGAAUCCAUCCCUGGCUGUAAUCACUCAGUUGCUGAAGCACUAUUGAUCUUCUUGGAGGCACUUCCUGAACCUGUGCUGUGUUAUGAACUCUAUCAGCGCUGUCUUGAAUGCUCUCAUGACAGCCGCCUCUGCAAACAGCUAAUAUCUCAGCUCCCACGAGCCCAUCGCAAUGUGUUCCGCUACCUGAUGGCCUUCUUGAGAGAAUUACUCAAACACUCUUUGGACAACAACCUGAACGCCAACCUCCUAGCUACUCUCUUCGCAAGCCUCCUCAUUCGGCCUCCUCCCAACCUUGCUGGCAAACAGACACUACAUGAUCGUCAGAAAACCAAUGACUUCAUACUAGGGUUCCUAAUGGGAGGCGAUGAAGACUGAGGGAGAGGACUGCAGAAUGAGGGGUUCAGGUGGUUCUGAAGCAGAAAAGACUCUUAAGGUGUGUUUGUGGCUGGUCUUCUGGGAGAUCUAUGGGCCCCCCUGCACUAAGAUGGCUAACGACCUCCGUGGUGAAAGUUUGGCACUGUUGGAUAGUUCUGAUUUGCACAAACAUUGCCCAUUGGUUCUUCUGUUCCUGCUUCAAAGGAAUAGAUGUUAGUUUAUCUCUGCUCCCUGAAUGUGUUGCUCUGGGAGUAUUAACAACAAACCUCAUCUUUUUGACUGUAGCAUCCAUAAUCCUACGUGCAGCCCCAGUUUCUCUGGUUUUGACUUCUGGAUCAGUGCUGUAAUGCCAAAUCGAAUAUUCCUGACCAUAGUUGACUGAAUGUGACUCUUGGCUACUCAAAAGAAGGCCUUUGUUACACUAAAGGAAAGCCAUGUAUUGGAGAUUGUAUUGACUGGUGCUGCCAGUUUAAAAACUCCCUCAGAGCCCAGAGCACAUUUUUCCGCCUGUCUCACGCUUCCUUUUCUCCUUCGAAAAAUAACCUUCACUUAGAAGUGUUUCUGACAAGGUGACUUAGACAAUCGACUACCUUUCAGAGUGGAGGAGAAGUCUGGACUAUGAUCUUUACUCACAGUUCAUCAUCUGAAUCAUGAUGAAUCAGCCGACUUUGUCCAUUGCGGUGUGCAGUGCACGUUAUUUAUGUUUUCCAGUCUCGUACGUCCUUGUUGUCCUGAGCAUUGGGCAUUUGUAUGUCCUCCACAGAUGAAUCUGUUAUCCUUCAGAAUAGACCCUUCAGUCUGUUGUGAUUGCAUAUCCAAACCCAUAAUCCUUAGUCAUCUUCAAUAAUAGCAAUGAGCGUCAACUUCAGAUGUGGUUUUCUUUAUCAGAUCUGGACUCUGGAUCUGAAGCUUUUAUUCUUUUGAAGUCUUACUCAUUUACAGAUCUUCUCUUGAUCCUGUUGUGCUACAGAGACGUUAACAUUUUAACUGAUGUGCUUACUGGGUCUUGUUUUGUUCUGUCAUGUCCUGUAAUGAAGAUGCAGCCGUGGUCCUUCUAUAUAUGUAUGCUGUGUGUUAUACUAAUCCAGACUGGGAUGAUUUUGUCUAUGUUUACAGUCUUUGUGUCCUUUGUUGGUGUUGUUUCAUGUUACAUUUACACUUUGUAUUUCCAUGUAGUGACUUAUUGGCAUAUGUUUUUCUGCCUUGAAAGUACAUAUUGGGAUUCUGUUGUUCUUUUUGUGAGUGUUGACUGAAAUUCUGCUGGUUUUUACUUCUUGCGCCAGCCAGUCUGGUUUUGUUGAACAGUGUGUGAAGAGGAAGUCUCUUUCUGUUAUACCAGCAUUAAUCAUCACCCCAACGCUAAAAUAUUAUUGUAACACAAACCACUAAAGCUGUUUCUCCACGUAAUGCGUGUGACAUGUUGCCCCUGUCUAUUAGCAAUAUUUCCUCACAAUCUCACAGGAAAUGUUUUGUGUGAGUUUUGCAACUCGGAAAAAGAGUUGUAAUCAGUUUCCGACCAACUCUGUAUCCUGCCUUCCUUUAUUUUUAGACAUAAAUGUGCAAAAAUGGUUCCUUUAGGGGCACUAUAGCUCGUCACUGGGACAGUGCUUUUAAAAGGAUGACUUUGUACAUUAUCUACCCCCUAAAUGCAUAUUAGUACCUUGGAGUAGUCAUACAGUAUGUAUCUUUAAGGUACUGCUGUGAAUGUUUUAGGGCUAAAUAAGGUACAAAAAUGUCCUUUGGGCACUGUCCUAGUAACACGCUUGUACAAUUUUUUGCACUUUUCUUUUUCUGAUAGUGUUGAAAACUCUAAGUAGUGAUGUUCUGUGAAUGAUAUUGUCUGUGGCUCAAUGUCCUUCAAUGAAUCUCAGUCUAAAUCGCUUCACAUCUGCUGCCAUAUUUACAAGCUUGUGUCUUUGUCUGAGCUUUCUGUUGGGUUUAUGUUUUCUAAUUUCUACUUUGGAAAGGCCCACCGUAGAACUCUGCUUUUUUUCAAUGCCAAUAGAUGAUGUUUCUGGGAGGACCUCAUUGCAGAUGGCCAUUAUACAGAUUUCUGGUGAUCUGGGAUCACCACACCCCAUCUGUUUGUUUAUCUUAGUGUCCUGUCUUUCUUUCCAUUCAGUUUUUGUUAUGAUUAUGAUCCUGGUACUUUGCAACUGGGUACUUGCACAUACUUUGUUUUAUUUUUGGGGGGUGGGACAUCUAAUUUAUUCAAUAAAAUAAACGCAUUAUGAACGUA